AUGAGCAACAACAGCACAUAAGAAGCCAAUUAAAGAAUCUCACCUUCAAUAGAUCAUAAGCCAUAUAGUGAAACUACUCAAUAUAUCACAGAUAAUGUGAAACAGAAGUAUGAUGAAUUCAAUAAGAAAUUUUAAGAACCUUAGGUUUAGGAGAAAUGGGGAUAGGCAAAGCAUAUAAUGUUUGAAAGAACAAAGGAAUUUGGAUUUCUUACCUUUGAUUAUUUCAUUAAGACUUUUAAAAUUACUAAAACAACUGUCAUAGAUCUAUAUGGAGUUUACAACAAAUGAUUUAUAAAACGUAUAUUUAAAUUUU